AUGACUGGAAUAGAAAAAUUGAAACUGGUAGUGAUUGGAAAAUCGCAGAAGCCAAGAUGUUUCAAGAAAAGGAAAGUUGAAUCAUUACCAGUUACAUAUACGAACAAUAAAAAAGCAUGGAUGACGUCAGCUGUCUAUGAAUCUUGGAUUUUCGACUUGGAUAAAAAAAUUUCCAAUCAAAAGAGGAAAGUGCUACUCUUUGUCGACAAUUGUCUUGUGCACCCUAAGAUUCUUUCACAUGAACUAAAAGAAAUUCGGGUGGUUUUCCUGCCGCCAAAUAUCACAUCCAAACUGCAGCCAAUGGACCAGGGAAUCAUCAAAAACGCCAAAUAUUAUUAUUGGAGAAGUGUAAUGCGAAGAAAUUUGCGAAACUUGGAAUCGGGAAAAGAGAUGAACAACGUCAAUCUUCUGAAUGCCAUUGAAAUGCUGUAUAAGGUGGUGGACGAAACAGUCGUGGAAGAAAGUCCACCAGAGUGUUUUCGAUAUCAGAAACUUUUUUCUGUGACGUAUGCAAUUGAAUUCCAAAACUUUGUUAACGUGGACUCUGAUAUUAUUACCACAUCUUAUCCGACUGAUAUUGAAAUGCUAAAUUCUACAAAGUUUCAAGAAGAAUCUAAUGAUUUAAGUGAAGAAGAAGCAGAUAGUGAUGACGAUGUGGAAUCAUCGCCAAAUAAUCUUUCCCAAGCCACGGAUGAGUUAAAAAUAUUAAGGAAAUAUAUUCGAGAACAACCCGGAACUACAGAUGAGAUUUUUUAG